AUGGGCGUCGACUGCGGCUUCGACGUCUAUCCCUCACUCAGCACAGAGUGCCAGGGCCUCUACAAGACGUUCCUCGAAGAUGUCAUCCAGAAAUACAAGCAAGCCGUCCACCCCAACACCGGCGGGCCCUUGAUCCAGAUCGUCGGGACCCCAGGGACCCAAAACGCCUACAUCUACUUCAACGUUGGCGAGGGCCCAUUGCUACCCUACAACCUCGACUCCUUCAUGCGCUUCGAGUCUAACCUCGUCAGUCGCGAUGAUGUGAUGCCCUAUCUGAAGGAGGUUUACCUCAUCGCCGACGGUACUUCCCCGACAACGUCCAGUUUUGGGUGUCUGGAGCGUCCCCGAGUUUCAUUCAGGCAUUCAACAGGAUUCCGAACAUGA